AUGUCGAGCCUCUCCAGCAUGGUUGAGGGACCACUUUUCAAGGCUCCAGUUGUUACAAUAGGAGGCGUUGCCGUGCCACCUCUGGUGCUGUGUGACCAGGCCUUCCCACUUACACCUAACCUCAUCAAGUCAUUUGGACACAACACCCCACUUAGUGCAGAGCAGAAAAAUUUCAAUUACCACAUAAGCAGAGUGAGACGUGUGGUAGAAAACGCCUUUGGAAGGCUUAAGGCAAGAUUUCGCUUCACAUCGAAGAGAAUGGAAUGCGACAUUGCAAAUGUUCGCCUCGUGAUUCGCGCACGCUGCGUGCUGAACAAUAUUUGCGAGCAUUUCAGCGAUGCUGUUCAGCUUCAAUGGCUCCAGGAAGUGAAGCAGUCCGACUCCCAACUGCCCCAACCAGGACGCAGCAGCGAUUCACAGAUUGGGAAUGCAGUCAGUGUGCGUUCUGCACUUGUGGACCACUUGAGCCAGAGGAUGCAGACCCAGGCAGCCCGCUCCUAG